GCUAGCGAGAGUACUGAAUCCAGCAAGGUUUCAGCAGCAAGGGCAAAAGGUUGAAGUGAUUUCCGAUCGCGAAACGAUAGAAUAGUUCUUGAAUUGUUUUCCGGUGCUCUUUUUGUUGCUGACUGCGGUACGUUCUUGACACUGUACUGUUAUGCCGCAGGGAACGUGAGCACAGAAGGCAAAUUUAACCGGCAUCCUGUCGAACAAUACACGAGACACUGAAUAAUAUUCACAAAAGUGCUUUAUUUUUAAUUGUUCAAGAUGGAUGCUAAUACAUCUAGCGCAGCAGUGCCAUUGAAACGGAAGUGGUUUGAGGAAGAAGAUGAUGAUUAUUUCUAUGACAGCAAAGCUAUUGAACUGAUUUACGCCAUAAAGAACCUACCGUUGCUGUGGAAUAAAAAAAAUCCAGAUAGAAAAAAGCCAAACAUGAUUAACAAUGCGUGGGAAACGGUUGCAUCGAAAACAAAUCUCGGCGUGGAUGAAUGCAAACAUAAGUGGGACAACCUGCUGUGCGAAUAUCGUAAAUAUAGGAAGAAAGAUCUUGAUGCCAGAAGAAACAAAAUAUAUAUAGAAAAAAUAGACCGACCGCAUUGGUACGCAUACAAACACAUGACAUAUCUCAGUGAAGAACGGGAUCGUGCCAGAGCAGCAAAAAUGGAACGAGAAUUGGAGGAAUAUUUGGAUCUGAACAACAGUGACGGAAAGGCUUCCCCGGAACAAACAUUUGACUCUUGUGGGAAAUUACUUCCGACCGAAUCAGCUGACGCCGGAGACUGUCAACAGUCUAACAAUAACGAACGAAAGCUUGUUGCGCCUUUUAUCGAAAUGCUAACGCAACGAUUGCUUAGAAAAGAUAAAUCACAGCUUGAAGUGAUCGAAAAUGCAUUGUUGAAGGUGCUGAGCGGUUUUCCAAAUGCUGAAAAUUAAGAAUUUGAUUGCUUCGUCAGACGUGCUGCUGGUGUGUAUUUAGCCGCUGUUUCUGUUCUGAUUCCUAGUUCUGAGUGUUUAUUUGACCAAGGAUCUAGCGACUAAUUUUGAAAAGGAAAGACUAUCCAUUCCUAUGCAAUUUUCCUCGAUUAUGUAUCGUUGCUAAUGAAGUGAUUGCCCAACAGAAAUGCAUUUAUUUGACUUGCCUGCU